UUUUUUAUGAUUAUGUACUUUACUAUUUUAUUGUUUUUAUUUUACAUUUUAGAGCUUAAAAAUUCUUUAAAAAUGCCAGCACAGGACGAAAUUUUUCGAAAUAUUCGCGUAGUUGCCCAAGGUUUGGAUGCAUUGCGAGAUGAGCAUGAAGCAAUAAAAAACAAGCUGACUGGUGGUCUUGAUCUGCUUACGCCGGAUGAGCGUCAAUUGAUUGACGAGAAAACAUCAAUUGUUGAUAGGAAUUUGGAGAAUAUACUUUUAGGCGUUGAGGAGGCUCAGGUCAUGGUUGCACUUGCUUCACAUUUUCAAAAUUUGGAGGCUGACAAGCAAAAGUAUAAAGCUCAAGUGCGUCGUCUUUGUCAAGAAAAUGCAUGGAUUCGUGAUGAGUUGAACUCGACUCAACAGCAACUUCGUACAGCAAUGCAGAACAUUGCGCAAUUGGAAGAAGAAAACAAGCACCUGAAAUUCAUGAAUAGCAUAAAGAAAUUUGAUGAGGAUUUGCCGGAACUUGCUGACAAGGAAGGGGAUCAAGCUGAACAGCAACGUCCUGCAAGCGAUGUCCAUAAUUCAACAUUGCAGGAACUUGGUUUUGGUGAUGAGGAGGAGGAUUUGCAAAAUACAAGUGGUCAAUAUUCAAUGCCAACUCCGGCAAAUGCAAUGGCUGCGAGCGCAACUGCUGGUUAUGAUAUACCACAACGUCUAAAAACACUUCAUAAUCUUGUAAUCACUUAUGCGGCGCAAGGACGCUAUGAAGUAGCUGUUCCACUCUGUAAGCAAGCAUUGGAAGAUUUGGAAAAGAACAAUGGACAUGAUCAUCCUGAUGUCGCUACGAUGUUGAACAUUCUUGCUCUCGUUUACCGUGAUCAGCGUAAGUAUAAAGAAGCGGCGACGUUAUUGAAUGAAGCAUUGGCAAUUCGUGAGCGUUGUCUUGGUGAAGACCAUCCUGCGCGUGGAAAGUACAAAGAUGCGGAGCCUUUGUGUAAGAGAGCAUUGGAAAUUCGUGAGAAGGUGCUAGGUGCUGAUCAUCCGGAUGUUGCAAAACAAUUAAAUAAUUUAGCAUUGAUUUAUCAAAAUCAGGGUCUUUACGAUGAAGUCGAAAAAUACUACAAACGUGCUCUUAAAAUUUAUGAAGCAAAAUUCGGUCAAGAUGAUCAGAAUGUGGCGAAAACGAUGAACAAUCUUUCCUCUGCUUAUCUAAAACAGGGAAAAUACAAGGAAGCAGAGUUAUUAUACAAGCAGAUACUAACACGCGCCCAUGAACGUCAAUAUGGAGAGACUAGCAACGACAACAAGUCUAUUUGGCAAAUUGCUGAGGACCGUGAAAAUACUAAAAAUCAACAUGCAGAUAGUGGAAUUUAUCAUGAAAAUAUUCAGGAUGCAAUGAUGAAAGUCGAUAAUCCAACUGUAACUACAACAUUAAAAAAUCUGGGAGCACUCUAUCGACGUCAAGGCAAGUACCAAGCUGCUGAAACUCUUGAGGAUGCUGCUUUGCGUGCUAAAAAACAGCCUGGCAUAGCAUCACAGCAAUGUACAACUUAUACUGGUUCUGAUUCUCCACCAAAAAUGCAUGUAUCGGAUGAAAUGACUACUUCUAAUCAAGCGCAAGUGAUGGGACGUUCACAAAUGACGCAAUCACAUUCUUCGGGAGGACUGAAAUCGCGAUUAAUGAAUGUUUUGGGUCUUAGCCCUGGUAAUGAAGGCGCUGGUGGAUCACAAUAAGAAUUAAAGUGUUUAUAUGUAAAUUUUUAUUUUUUUAUUUAAAUUUAAAUUCCAUUUUUGUCUGUGGUUCGUUGCUAUCAAGCACACAAAUUUUCUUUUUAGUUUAAAAAAUUUUAAUAAUAAAAAUUUUUUCCAAUUUCAGGUAUAUUAUGAAAGAAUGACUGGUUUUCUUGAAUUAAUACAUGUUUAUAAUACAUUAAGACAAAAUUCAUUUAUUCUUACAAUGUUCGUUUUUUUAGAUUUUGUCGGUAAAGUUUUUUUAAUGUUUAUUUUUAGUUUUUAUA